AUGGUCUUCUCGAGGAUCCCAUUCGAUUUCAGGGAAAUUUGUUCUGCUUACUCUCAGUCUUUCGCCGCUGGAGCUAUGCGCUUUUACACGUUUUCCGUCGCAGUAGCUCUGUUAGCUGCUGCCGUGCCUGUCACAGGGGGCCCAGUGGAUCCAUGGGAUGCCCUUGCUAGAAAGGCGUUAGUCAAUCAGAACCAAUUCCAUCAGGGCGGCGCAUGCAGCCCGCGCACUGCUGCUGUGCGCAGAGAAUGGGGAUCACUUUCCAAGCGCGAGCGAAAGGACUACAUCGACGCUGUGCUUUGUUUAGCUUCUAAGCCCGCGAAGAUUGACCCUUCCUUUGCUCCAGGAGCUCGCAACCGAUUUGAUGAUUUUGUCGCGACGCAUAUCAACCAAACGUGGUUUAUUCACGGGACGGGAAAUUUCCUGACAUGGCAUCGUUACUACACAUGGGCGUACGAACAAGCCCUGCGGAACGAAUGUGGGUACAAGGGUUAUCAACCUUACUGGGCGUGGAAUAAGUACGCCGACGACCCUCUAAACUCUCCCAUUUUCGACGGUUCCCCAUACAGCAUGUCCGGAAAUGGACCAUACAUCCCCCAUAACGACACUGAGAUCGCGCCUGGUGUCUUCAUCCCCCCCGGGACUGGGGGUGGCUGCGUAUCAUCCGGACCUUUCAAGAACUGGACGGUUAACCUGGGGCCUGUAUGGCUGAGCCUCAAAAUCCCUGGACUCGCGGCUCAGAACGGUUCUGGUCUCGAGUAUAAUCCACGGUGUCUUCGUCGAGAUAUUUCGCAGGAUGCAGCAGCGUGGACGAGAACGGAAAUCGUGAUGGAAUUAUUCAAUGAGACGACUAUACUUGGUUUCCAGAACUUGCUGCAAGGCUUCGUUCCGACGCCUGGAUAUCUCGGCGUCCACACUGGCGGUCACUUCACAGUGGGAGGUGACCCUGGCGGAGACUUUUAUACUUCCCCUGGCGAUCCAGUAUUCUAUCUUCACCACGCUGCGAUUGAUCGCGUGUUCUGGACUUGGCAAAACCUGGACCCUGCUUCUCGCACCUAUGUUGUAGAUGGGGGUACGAAUAUGGUUUUGCCUUCAUCUCCAAACGCUACAUUGGAUGAUAUGGUGGAUAUGGGCAGUGCUCUAGCACCACCAAAGACGAUUAGAGAUCUUGGAAGUACUAUGGGAGGUCCGUUUUGUUACGUUUACAAGUGA